AUGGAAUUGCUUGGUGGAUUCAGUAUUUGUCAUUUAAUUUUAUUCGCAAAUGAAUUGAAUGGAAUUAGUGCUGGUACAGUACAUAGCAAAAUGCUAUAUAAUGAAGGAAGACGCAUACUACGAGCAGCAAGACCAAGAAGAAUAGCAAGGUUGACAACAACAACAGCGGCAACAACAACAACAACAGCAGCAGCAACAACAACAACACAAUUUGAACUGAUGGAAGUAUUGGCCUCUCUGAAGCAGCGACAUUCGAACUGUGCACCGCAACAACAAAUCAUUCAGGAACUCGAGAAAGGCAUAAUCAAACAUAAUACAUUAGAGGACUAUUAUUUUCUUCUCGAUGAAGAAUUGCGUGGAGAAUUGAUCAAUUUAAUAGCUAUCGCAUCCUCUGUUACUGAUAGCUCAUUCGUAGUGGAAAACGAUAAAAACGAUCUUGCAAAAUUCAUUUUGGAGAAUUUCCUGGAAGACUGA